UAGAGUCGCUCCGGAGAGAGAAACGCAGAGCAGAUCCACAGAGCGAUAGCAGCGGAACAAACCGAGCACAAUACCGCAAGCAAAGCAAGGCGAAGCGACGCAGCUGCCCUGAAAUAUACUGCAUAACGACACCCAGCGCGACUUCAGUUUGCGAAAAUGAGCAACAACAAAUGUUUAUCUUCUGACCUGACCAAAAAAAUCUUCAGUGUCUUCUUGGACUUUGAAGCGGACUGCCCCCUGCUGGACAAGAGAAUGCAGGUGGAGCGGCCGUUGUGCGACAGCGGUCUCCAGCUGCGGGUGUCCGGGUACGUGCGCAAGGUGAGACAGGCAGUAACGCUGGUCCUGGUCGUGGAGAAGAUGAAGAGACCGAUCGGGUCCUUGAUGAAACACGUGAUGGAAGAUCAGACGGUCCUGGAGGCGUGUCUGGACUCGGACAGCUCUCGGGACUGGGACAGCCCUUGGAACUUGGACAUCUUUUGGUACUCGGACGGCUCUCGGGACUGGGACAGCCCAUGGUACUUGGACAUCCUCUGGUACUCGGGCAGGUCGUGGUUCCUUGACAUCUCCUGGCACCCGGACAGCUCUCAGGGCUCAGACAGCUCUUGGGAGUCUGCCCGGCUGAGCCAGGAACACGUUGAUGAGCCCCACUCGAUCUCCGACAUAAUUAACAAUAAAUGGGUGCUGCUGUUCCCCCCCAGGCUGACAGCCGUGAUGCUGGUGGGAAUCGAUCUCUCACAGCAAGGUAAGGGGGGGGGGGUUACACCCGAUUCUGAAAUUGAAGCUCUGCACACGCAGAACCAUUUUCCAUCCAGAAGAUAUAACAAUAUAACGUUUAAAACAGAUUAGAAAUGAAAACAAAUAGACUUAAUGGAACCGGAUAAGAGUGAUCGACCAGGUGAAGAAACCCUUCCGGUCAAUAUGGAAACCAGCCAACUGCUGCUGCAGAGUCACAGGAAGCAGGACCUCACUCUCAUUACUGCAACAAAAGACAAAAUGAAAAUGUAAUUUCCAACAACAACCUCCCUCUCCCUCUCCACCUCCCCCUCCUCUCCCUCUC